GAAUGUCUUUAACGAAAACAAGAAAACACAACUCUGACUAAUUCAUAAGCAAGGACGGCCGCUUUUGGGGUUUUCCUACUCAAUCUAAUCUUUCCAAAUUCCACUCUACUCAAUCUCAUUGAACAAUCUUAAUCAUGUCGACGGGGAAGGAAUCCGUCUGCGUGACCGGCGCCGGAGGUUUCUUAGGCUCUUGGGUUGUUCACCACCUGCUCUCCAAAAACUAUCUAGUCCGCGGCACCGUCAGAGACCCCUUGGACGCAAAGAAUGCCCACUUGAAGCAACUCCCAAACGCAUCCACGAAUCUGGAGCUCGUGAAGGCCGAAUUACUGGAUUACCCUUCUCUGCUUUCUGCAAUUCAGGGCUGCUCCGGUGUCUUCCAUGUCGCCAGCCCUGUUCUUUCCUCCGUCGUACUGAAUCCACAGGCUAGUGUAGAGAUCAUCGAGCCGGCAGUGACUGGAACACUGAAUGUUCUUAAAGCGUGCGUCGAAACGAAGGUGAAGCGGGUGGUGGUUGUCUCUUCUGGUGCUGCUGUUAUAAUGAACCCUGCCUGGCCCAGCAGUCGACCCAUGGACGAAUCUUGCUGGUCCGAUGUGGAAUAUUGCAGAGCUACUCAGAGAUGGUAUCAAGUUUCAAAGACAGAAGCAGAGAGUCAGGCGAUUGAGUAUGGGAAAGCCACCAGACUCGAUGUAGUAACCGUUUGUCCCAAUCUCAUCAUGGGACCUGUUUUGCAACCAACGAGGAACGCAAGCACCUUGGUUCUCUCCAUGGCUUUGAAAGAAGGAGGUCAUGACUCUGUUGAGAACAAGCAUUGGAUGGUUGUGGAUGUGCGUGAUGUAGCCGAAGCUUUGGUCUUGGUGUAUGAGAAACCGGACGCGGAAGGAAGAUACAUAUGCUCGGCUCAUUCGGUUCGUGUUAAGGACAUGGUUGAGAUUGUGACGGAAAAAUACCCUGACUACAAUCGUCACAAGAAGUUUAUUGAGGAGGGACAGGAAAAGAAAGAAACGACCUCAAAAAAGUUGCAGAGUCUAGGUUGGAGUUACCGUGCACUACAAGAAACUGUUGUUGAAUCUGUGGAGAGCUAUAAGAAGGCAGGGUCGCUCUUGACGACUUGGCGUCAAGAAUUUCGCCUUAAUGCCACUUGGAGAUGGCGGCUGAUUCGGACACAGAACAGCAUUCGGUGGCAAGCCCCCACCAAGCUUCUUCAAUGGCAGCUUACAAAAUGGGUUUUCAAAAGCUACAGAGAAGCCUCAGACAUUAAACCUCGUCGUUCCCUCCCCACACUCUCCGAGUCCGAUCUCAUGUCGAUGGCGAAGGGAACUGUAUGCGUGACCGGCACCGGAGGUUUCUUGGGCUCCUGGGUUGUUCAUCUCCUCCUCUCCAAGAACUAUCCAGUCCGAGGCACCGUCAGAGAUCCCUUGGAUGAAAAAUAUGCCCACUUGAAGCAGCUCCCAAACGCAUCCUCGAAUCUGAAGCUCGUGAAGGCCGAUUUACUGGACUACUCAUCUCUGUUCUAUGCAAUUCAAGGCUGCUCGGGAGUUUUCCAUGUCGCCAGUCCUGUUCCCUCUUCCUCUGUGGCAAACCCUCAGAAAUGGUACUGUGUCUCCAAGACAGAAGCUGAGAGCAAGGCAUUUGAGUUUUGGAAAGCCAAUGGACUUGAUGUAGUGAGUGUUUGUCCCAAUCUCAUCCUCGGGCCAAUCCUGCUGGCCACCGCGAAUGCAAGCACCUUGCUUCUCGCCAAGCUUUUGAAAGAAGGACCGGACUUGGCGGAUAAUUGGCACCACCGGGUGGUGGAUGUGCGAUGUAGCAGAAGCAUUGGUUCUGGUGUACGAGAAGCCUGAGGCACAAGGAAGAUACAUCUGUACUUUACAUUCUGUCCAUAUAAAGGACAUUGUGGAUAUAUUGAAGGACAAAUAUCCCAGCUACAACUAUCCUAAGAACUUUACAGAUGGACAAGAGAAGAAAGAAAUGAGUUCAGAAAAGUUACAGAGGUUAGGUUGGAGUUACCUUUCGCUGCAAGAAACUCUGGUGGACUCUGUGGAGAGUUAUAAGAAGGCUGGCUUAUUGGACUAGAAGUCUAGAACUGAACCCUUUCCUGUUAAUGGUAAACCCAACUUCUGGUGUGGAUGAGGACAUCACAAGUAUCACAUCAAAAGAGUUUGAUUAAAUCGCACGAAAUAAACUGAUCAUACAACAAAGCUGUGACCGACACUGAAUUGCAUGUUCUAUAAUUGUUCAAUGAUAGUUGCGUGAUUCACACUGUUGUAAAACGCGAUAAGAUGUCCUGAUGUCAACGAACGUCAGCUUCCUGGCUGCAGAUUCCGGACCGAAUUGCGAUGAGCACUCAUCCAUGUGACCUGUUGUGUUAGAUACAGACAGUCGAUGGACCUGGUGUCUAUCUAAGGUCUGAUUUGUAUAAUGCAAAGGGACAGCCAUCUGAGAUACGCAGAUGGAAUAAACCCUACCGGAGAAUGACAAAAGACACUGUUUGUCUAUAUGCUAGCACGCCCCAUUCGUCUGCAACAAGACCCAUGUUAGCUGCUCACGCUUGAUUGUUUCCCAAGGAACUUGUUGAAUAUGCUUUUAGCCUAACAAUGCGCAUGCGAAAGGAGAGGGGGGAAACUUUGAAUUAAAUAUAAAAAAUGUUUCAGUAGUACAAUUUGUUUUAACCUGAUGUGUAUCUUCUUUACUUUGCAACCUACAGUUUGGAAUGUC